AUGAGAGGUAUUUGUCUAUUUGGUGAUAAGACUUUAAUUGCAUUAUAUGAUACUGGAGCAUCGCAUUCGUUUAUCUCGUUUGCUAAAGUUGAGGAAUCAGGCUUGAAAGUGUCAGAGUUACCUUUUGAUCUGCAUGUACAUACUCCGCAUCAGACACUUAUGACUAGGUCAGGUUGUAGACAAGUAGGUUUCAAGCUUGAGGGUAGAGACUUUGUACAUGAUUUGAUCUGUUUACCUAUGGUUGGGUUGGAGAUGAUUUUGGGGUUUGAUUGGCUGUCGAAGAAUCGGGUUUUGUUGGAUUGCUUUGAACGGACAAUUCGGUUUAUGCCAGAAGGAGAGAAUGGGGCAAUAGUAGCUGCGGGAUAUUACCUGAACUCUGUAAUGGUGCACUGUAAUGCGAAAAAGUAG